CGUUCAACUUAAACCCUGACCGGAGUGAAGCGACAAAGGAGGGAAGAAAAAGAAAAAAAAAGAAAAGAGAAAUGGAAUCUAAGAAGAAAGAAAAAUCUCAUCCUGAGGACAAUCUGGGGAAGUGGGCCAGAUCUUCUGUGCACAAGGCACGGACAUCCGGUCACUGCAGAGAAAAUUCGUCAAUUUUUUCUUUAUUUUUUUCUUUUCACUUUUUAUUCCAUCUUGGGUUUCUUUCUCCUGCCAAUACUGAAGGAGCCCUAUCAGAAUGCAGACGCUCAAAAGGUGAUGGAGUUUGGAGCUGCCUCCUCCACGGUGGUCGUCAUCAAUUGGCGCAGCGAAGCACCACUCGACCUCCUUUCCCCUCCUGCCAUUGCACUGUCCUCUGCUCAUCGUCAUUGGGUGGUCGGAUUUCCGAGUGCUUGGACCUCAUUUCGCUGAUUCGAAACUGGCUGGAAUGGGCAAUCCACUCCAUCUGCCAGACGACAAACUAGGAAGCGAGGACGUGCACGGCGGAGCUCAGGGCUACUACUCUCGUAAGUUUCGUGCUCCUUUUUGGGGGAGGAUUCAUUCCCCUCCCAUUUAGCUUAUGCUUGGCUCCUUCCAUCUACCCUAUUGAGAUAUUCUAUUAUUUAUUUGAAUCUCAGUAGCUUUAAGCUUGACGAUCGGUGUCUGGGAUAAGCGGGUAGAAGGUUAAAACUACAUAUAAAUGUAUAGUACGGUAAUAACCGUAUUCGGUAACCUUGGGUCGCAUCAGUGAGUGCGGAUUUCCUAUCGCGGACAGCCGGCAGCUGGCAUGACCGGGACUUUGAUAUAGGACAGGGAUCCAGCUCUUCAAUGAUCACUAUAGAUAGGUACGGAAUACUCCGUAUCGUCUCAAGGACG